GGAGAGGCGCGCGGCCCGUCGCCGCGGCAGAGAAACGCGCUGCCAGCGGGAGGGAGGGAGGACUCGGCUCUCGUGUCCGGCGCGUGGUGUGGGUCCGCCUUACCUCGUGGGAAACUACAUUUCCCACAGUGCUCCGCGCUUAGGCUAUGAUGGAGCUACGCGUGGUUGAGCUGGAGAAAAGGAUCCGAGAUCACUUGGAGAAGCUGGGCUUUGAAAUCCACCCGCUUAAGGUAGGGUGGUACAAUGCGGUCCUUUCUCCAGCUUUUCACUUGCCCUACUUGGAUGACACUCUGGCAUUCGUGGUGCUCAGCACUCCUGCUAUGUUUGACAAAGCCUUCAAACCUUUCUUGAGGAAUGGGCCACUGAAAAAGAUUCGUGACCCUGUGGACCAGUGCAUUUCUCAUCACCUCACGUUGCUUAGGGAGAGGCUUGCUGACCAGCAGGUAGACAUCAUGUAUGACUAUGAGUUGCUGCCCAACCGGAAGCCCAAGUUCCUGGCCCAGACAGCUGCACAUAUAGCUGGUGCUGCUUACUACUACCAGAGGAAAGAUGUGCAACAAGAUCCCUGGGGAGAGAAGAAGAUCUAUGGCGUCUGCAUCCACCCACGUUACGGAGGCUGGUUUGCUAUCCGGGCUCUCUUGCUUUUUCCGGGUGUUGAGGUGCCUUCCUUGCUGCAGAAAACUCCUGUUGAUUGUGUGACAACAGAGGAAAAGAGAAUAGAACUUCUGGAGAAGUUCAAUUUCCACUGGCGGGACUGGAGCUAUCGGGACAUUACUGAAGUGAAGGAGAAGUACUCGGAGGAGCAGAAAACGUACUUUGCAACUCCUCCAGCUGAACGGUUAAAAUUGCUGACUCUGCAAGGAGGAUUGCAAAGGAAUGCAAUACACUGAGUUGGUGUUCUCCUGGCCCAAGGGGGACUCAUAGCCUAUUCUACUGUGUCCACUUCCAUGGAGGGAGAGAUGGGUGGUUUACUUGGGGACCCAAGCUGUAGUCCUGGACACACUUGCUAGGAAGUAAGACCCAUUGAACACAGUGGAGCUUUAUUACAAGUAAAUAUGUCUAGGGUUGCACUGUAAUAUUAGUUACACUAAAAGCCUGUGAAUCCAGGUGUAGGAACACUAGUCGUCCAUCCCCCCAUUAUUAUUUUUUAGAGGAAUGUAAUUUUAAAAACAUGCUGCUGUAUUUAAUUUGAGGGUAUUUAAAAAUGCUUUUUGUGUGAGAGAGACUCUGGUAGGUAGUGUAGUUAUUUUUCUUCGGUUAUGAAUUCAGGAGAGAUAUUUUUGUAAAUGGCACUUUUGCUGUCCUGUGGGAGAGAUGCCCCAUGAAGCAGUUGUUUUUGAAGGAUGGUGUUGUCUAGUCCUUAUCAUAGUCUAAAGUCAUUUCAGCUUCUCAACAUUGCUUCUGAGGCUUUGAAAUCAUUGUGUUCCAGUGGUUUCUUUUUCACUUUCCACUCCUGUUCAAAGGACUAGAGCUGUUGUCUAACUCAUGUUGUGAAGGGGAGGUGAUAGUAAAACUGAAGGAAGCAAAA